UGUAACAAGAAUGUUGGCGCCAUCUGUUGGGGACCGCGCCGGACUCUCAUUCGAGAUUGACGCGAAGUGACCUCGAAGAUUCUGGACUGCCGCUAUGUGGCUCACCGGAAUCUUCUCGAAUCAAUGAGUCCUUGCGAUGCGGACUAUAUAACUCGACGGUCGGAAGAGGGAAGCCGUGUAGAGUAUAGUUCAGUGAAUGGCGCGGCAUAAUAAUU